UGCCGCCGUUAUGGCUGAUGUUUCCGAAUUGUCGUCAGGUUAUGAUUAUCCUGCUCCAGCUCCUUCGGCCCCAGUUAAUACCUACAUUCCUCCAGUAGCUGCCUCUGAACCUGUCAACACUUAUGUUCCUCCCGUAGCUGCAUCUGCUCCCGUCAAUACUUAUAUCCCACCAGCAGCUGCUUCUGCCCCUGAACCCACUGUUGAAUUGGCUGAUGAUGGCUACCGUUACAAGACUCAACGUCGUCGUGUCUAUCGUAAACGUUACUAA